CCUCCCGCUCCUGCCCUUCCCAGUGUUUGCAUUUCUCCCGGAUCCACAUGAAGGGGUUGCCGUGCCUCGGCUUGUGCCCGGCCCACUUCUGGCAGCUGGGGUCUGGCUUCAUGGCUGACGGCUCCAGGACGCAGGCCCUGGGGAAAGGGCCCCCACUCAGCGUCCAGCUCCUGCGAGCCCAGUACCUGAGGCAGCAGCAGAGGGCCCAGGCCCACCUUGUGGUGCUCCCGAAAGGAGGGAACACACCUGCUCCUGCUGAAUCCAUGGUCAGCGCCGUUUGGAUCAACAAGGAGAGGAGGCACUCACCGUUCCUGGACCAGGUGGAUCCUCAGGCGGUGGGGAUGCAGGAGGAGGUGGGCGGAGCCUACCCACAGGUCCUCAGGGCUCCAUGGCGCACACACCUACAGACGCAUUGCUCGGUCCAAGCCUUCCACCAGGAGACCAGUCAUCACAUAAAACACAAGGGCAAGUUCACAGGGUCUGAGCAAAGGCUGCCGCAGCAAGGGGACCCAGGUUUGCUUGAAAACAAGCAGAUGACUCAGCAAGAAACCACAAUGCCAGAGGCAGCCCCCCAGCACCAGGGUCAAGUGGGCAAAACCCAAACGCAGGCAUUGGGAUCCAGCUUAAACAACGGCAUCCGGUGUCCUUCCUCCAUAAAGAACCUACACAGGUCAGGAACACCAGCUCACUAUCCAUUUCCCCAGAGGAAAACUCCCAGGAUCUCCCAGGCUGCCCGCAACCUGGGCUUAUAUGGCCCAGCCUGAUGCUUUUCCAUGCAGCCAGAUGUCCCCCCGACUUUGAAGCCAUCUGCAGUCUCAUCAAAGAACCCAGGAGCAGAGCCACAAGAGGGCCUCCAGCUGUGCACAGAACUGGACUAACUCCAGGGUAGGGGUUGUGGGAAAUGAACUGCACGGUGGGCACAGGGUCUUGUCCUUCGGCAGAAGAGAGGCUGCCCGGACCAGACUGCUCACAGCUGCAGACGAAGGAGCGCUGUCUGACCAAUGCAGCCCUGCUCUGCUUCAACAAGACGUUGCCAUGGAGCCCCAGAUGCCCGGUAGGACGCAUGCUCAGUCCCUAGCACCGGGGAAUUCUGGGAAAUGAAACAGGGACCCCAGCCCCUGGACCGCCUUAGCAGUGCCCUGGAGUGUGGACGAAUGUGGACAAUCUUGUGUCCACUGCCUUCUGGUGAUUUCUCACAUGUCCUGGAGAAGAUGAACUCUGAGAAUUGCCUUUUUCUGGUUGCUCUGCCUGGAGGCCAGCGCAGUUAAAAGUCACUACGUUUACUGGUAGUGACCACACUGUUUCAGCUUCAGCAUCCCACGGUAUGGUCCCCCAGGAGAAAAGGGGGCAGAACAAUGCCACCUGCCAUUCCGGGUGUUUAAGGGGCCAUUAGGAAGUGUUGGUCACCUCUCACCUCCCACUGAGAUGCCCCCCCGCCCCCCGAAUCACAGAGCUAUUUCCCUCCGUCCUUCCUCCUUGCCUUCCUUCCUCCUUCCCUUCUUUCUACUUUUCUAUUUGUCUGUCAUCUCUCCCUCUUUUCCUCCCUCCCGCUCUCCUCUUUCUAAAUUAAGUUCUUACUAACACUGCCCAUCAUUCAAGACCUAUGGUCAUGGGAGUCUGAGCCGAAGGAGCCAAUGAAACGCUCCUGCUCAGAAUACACGCGCUCCCCUCGCACUGUCCCCUUUGCUGCCACAGCUGGAUCCCUGGGUUCCUUCCCCGGGUUUUUCACACCUGGGAGAAAAGGGAGCAGGUGUCACUUGGGCGAGACGGGGAAUAGAGCAUGUCUUUCCUGGUUAAUAUUCAACUUCAGCAAUGAUAUUCAAACACACCUGAGGUGCCCUUUUCCCCUAUGGAUCCUCUCCCUGUAGUUUCCCCCACAUCUUCUCCCCCCACGGCAGAGCCUUGCCUGCCCACAUCCUGAGCUGUUAACUAGGAUUGUCACUAUCUGUCAAAAAUACACGUGUGCUUGCUGCUUGGACCACCCAGAAACACUCCAGUUUGGAUGGUCACUGUGAUUCCUUUCAUGAAUAAUUAAUAGAGCCAGUUAUUGAUUUUUUAAUAGUCUA